CGCAGCCUUAGCAAGUCCUGACUCGCGCCCCGCCUUCCCCAGCGGUGCACUCUCGGUCCAGCUGUGCGCGCACGUCGAGCGUCCCAGCCAUGUCCGCCGAGACGGAGGUAGCCGAGGCGGCCACCGUGGUGGUGGCGGCGGCCGAGGCAGGGGCUGGAGAAGAUGCCUCUUCGCAGCUCCUGAAGGCGGAGGCAGCCGGCGACGCCCAGCCACCCGCGGCCUCCGAGGGGCCCGUCGCCCCUUCGCCGCCGCCGCUGCGCUGCCUGGUGCUCACCGGCUUCGGUGGCUACGACAAGGUGAAGUUGCAGACCCGGCCGGCCGCUCCCCCGGCCCCCGGGACCGGCCAGCUGACGCUGCGUGUCAAGGCCUGCGGGCUCAACUUCUCAGACCUUAUGGCCCGGCAGGGGCUGUACGACCGGCUGCCGCCGCUGCCCCUCACUCCCGGCAUGGAGGGCGCGGGCGUGGUGAUCGCUGUGGGAGAGGGAGUUAACGACCGCAAGGUAGGGGACCGGGUGAUGGUGUUGAUCCGGUCAGGCAUGUGGCAGGAGGAGGUGACUGUGCCUUCGGCCCAGACCUUCCUAAUGCCUGAGGCCAUGACCUUUGAAGAAGCUGCUGCCUUGCUGGUCAAUUACAUCACAGCCUACAUGGUCCUCUUUGACUUUGGCAACCUACGGCCUGGCCACAGCGUCUUGGUACACAUGGCUGCAGGGGGUGUGGGUAUGGCUGCCUUGCAGCUGUGCCAUACAGUAGAGAAUGUGACGGUGUUCGGAACGGCCUCAGCCAGCAAGCAUGAGGUGCUGAAGGAGAGCGGAGUCACACACCCCAUCGACUACCACACGACUGACUACGUAGAGGAGAUCAGGAAGAUCUCUCCCAAAGGAGUGGACAUCGUCCUGGACCCUCUGGGUGGGUCAGAUACGGCCAAGGGCUACAACCUCCUCAAACCCAUGGGCAAAGUAGUCACUUAUGGAAUGGCCAACUUGCUAACGGGCCCCAAGCGGAACCUGAUGGCCGUGGCGCGCACAUGGUGGAAUCAGUUCAGCGUGACAGCUCUGCAGCUGCUGCCGGCCAACCGAGCCGUGUGUGGCUUCCACCUGGGCUACCUGGAGGGCGAGGUGGAGCUGGUCAGCGGUGUGGUGACCCGCCUCGUGGCUCUGUACAACCAGGGCCACAUCAAACCCCACAUCGACUCCGUGUGGCCCUUCGAGAAGGUGGCGGAUGCCAUGAGGCAGAUGCAGGAGAAGAGGAACGUGGGCAAAGUCCUCCUGGUGCCUGGGCCGGAGAAGGAGAACUAGGCAGGGGGCUGGGAGACCCUCAGGGCCCGGGGAGGAGAGAAGCUGGGAAGCCACGUGCUGUUGGCCACCAGACCCUCGCGGUUCAUCCUCUAUCACAACGCGCUGCCCUCUUUUCCCCCAAGGUCUCUGCGGUGAUGUCCUCUCCCCUGCCCUGUUCUUUCUCUUUAGUCAGGGCUUCCCCCUCCCCGCUUCCUGCCCUCUGAAGAGGUUGGGGAGUGACCACUUGGAUGUCUGGGCCCUGCCAAGGGGACAGGGAGGGUCAGAGGGAGGCCGGCCGCUUCCUGCCCCCACCCUUUCCCCGGGCCUCGCUGUGCUGCUUUUGUGCCAAGGUUAGCCAAUCCCUCCCCGUCCUGUUCCCUGUGCUUCCGCCUCCGCCUCGUCUCCCCUCCUGCCCCUGCCCCACACCUCCCCAAAGAAUCGAAAUGCCAGCUCAGGAUAUGGGGCCAAUCUGUGUGAAUCCAGCAUGUCCCUGUGUCGCCCUAGUGUCCCUUCAACCCGGGCCAGCCAGCGCCCCCCUUGUUGUAAGGCCUCGUCCUCUUGUCCCCAAUUUCUCGAGCACAAUCGGGCUUCCCCCACCUCCAGGGGUUCUGCCACUCUCCACCAGGGGUGCCUCUUCCAGCAGGGGCGGGAGUCAGACCUGCUCCCCUAGGUCACCACUCUACGGGAGGGACACGGAGCCCCCUCCCCCCCCUUCACUGAGUUCUCUGGAUUUGUUCUCAGUGCCUUAGCAAUGGAAAGCUUGCUCGUGUGUGUAGGGGUCCCUGCCUCACACCUCCUCCCCCCGUCCUCCCCAGUGCCUUCCUUGUUCUGCUGGAGCUGGGGUGUCGCUGCUCCCCAGUCCCAUAGCACUGCCAAAAAUCUGUGUGUGUGCCGGUGUGUGGGGGGCCAGCCCCUAGCCUCCGGGGGCCUGUGCCAUGUCCUGUCUCUGGGGCUGUCAUUUCUCUAUGGUGGUUGAGGCGAAGGAGGCGGGGAAGCUUUCUCAGCCUUGCAGCUAAGUGUGGCACUUACCAGCCAGAGCUCUGAGAGGCAAUGCCAUCAUCUGUCUCUUGUUCUGGGACCAAAGUAAAAAUCGAAGCACGCUCCCCAUGUAGUCACGGAGGCCCACUGUCUCCUCAGAGCAGGGAGGCAGCUUUUCAGACUCAGCCCCAGACUUUGUUUACAUGGGUGGGGAGAUGGAACAGGGGGUCAAAGCGGAGGUUUAGGACCUGGGCCACUGGAACCAAAGUGGGGACUUCCCGGGGCUAGGGGUGUUAAGUCCCUCUGUGCUGGGUUCUGGAAUUAGGGCGGGUUAUUGCCCAAGCCACUGCCCUUGGGAGGUGGGGGGAGGGGCUCAGCCUCUUCAUCAUCUGAACGAGGCCUAAAUGUGUGAAGUGCGAUUUUCACUUUUGUGUACCCACCCCGUUACCGUUACCGUUACCGUUACCGAAGCUGCCUUUGUGUUUGUGUCAAUAAAAAGCCAAACCCUG